AUGUACUUGGCUGUGGCGACCAGGCCAGAUAUCGCUUUUGUAGUUAGUGCUCUGAGCCAAUUUAACACAAACUGCAAUCAGAUCCAUUGGACAGUGGUUAAGCGAGAUCUUCGUUAUUUGAAGGGCACCAUGAAUCUCGGAUCGAUUGUCGAACCAAAUGAUGAUCCUCUAAAGGGCUAUGUUGACGCAGAUUGGGCCAGUUGUUUGAAUAACAGAAGAUCCUAUACCGGAUUUGUUUUUGUCUUGGGUACUGGACCACUGUCUCGGGAUGCGAAGAAGCAGAGAAAGGUGGCUUUAUCGGCGACAGAAUUUGAGUAUAUGGCACUCGCUGAGGCAGCCAAAUAA